AUGGAGAAACAGGGCGAAAGGAAAAAAGUGGGAGAAGAAGGACCUCAGAUCUCAAAGAUGGAGCCUGUGACACAUGGUGCAUACGGUGGUGGAAUGUAUGGUACUGAAAAGGAGCAACCACAAACACAAAACAAGCCACCAGCAAGUCAAAGCCAGAGUGCUGAUGGCCCUGUUGAUAAGGACACUAUCAAGCCUAUAAACAAUCCUCCUCCUUCAUCAGGCGACCGAGAUAUAGAUAUCACUGGCCAGUCAUAUAUCCAGUAG